AUGAGGACUCAUCCUUCUGACUACCUCAAAGCGAUAGCCAAGCGAGAGAUCGCCUGGCUAGAGAGUCACGCCACAUCCGAGCUACUGCAGCAUCCUCUGGACAAUCGAUCAAGAGCCCAAAAGAGUCCAGCAGCUCAUGUCAAACUCUACAAGAAGUUCCUCGAGAUCGCUGAUCACAUCCUACCCCAAGGCGAACUGAGCAAGCCUGUGCUCUGGCACUGUGAUCUCCGCCCCGCCAACAUCUUCGUCAAGAAUGACCGCAUAACCAGCAUAGUCAACUGGCAGCACGCCUGGGUCGGCCCGCUCUUCAUGCAAGCGAGACACCCACAGCUAGUAGCAUAUGACGGCGAGAUGAUGUUGCACCUUCCUGAUCGCUGCGAACAGCCGGACAAAGAGCGCGACCAUGAAGAGAAGAAGCGACUGCAAGAUCAAGUUGAGCGCUCGCUCAUCCUUCGUCACUAUGAGCGCGGGAUACGGAAAGCAAGUCCGCUAAUGAACGAGAUUAUGAGUCUACCCCAUGGACAGACAAGACAUGACUUGGUCACCUUCGCUGAGAACACUUGGAACGGGGAUAUCAUACCAUUCAGAAAGAGCUUGGCACUUGUAACCCGAAAAUGGAAAAAGAUCAUCGGCCCUAUGCCAUGUCCAGUAUCCUUUACGCAAAAGCAAGUCAACGCGCAUCUUCGUGAGGGCGAGGGCUGGAUGAAACACGCAGACUUCUGGGAGUCAAAGCAGGGUCUCAUCACCCGCGAUGGGUGGACGACCAAUGAGCUGUAUGAAUCGCUCAAAAAGCAGUAUGAGGAGUACACUACCCGUAAGGCUAGUCGAAAGGGGGUGAAUCCAUUGAGAAAUUUAGUCUGGAGAGACGGAUUGUAG